UUCUUAGCCAUCAGUGCUUUGAAGCGGUGCGGGCCAGAAGCGCCCGCAAGUCAUGUGACCUUCCAGACUCAGAUCGUGGUUUAUUUCCGGUGUGGAGUUGCACUCAGAAAGGAUGCGGCUUAGUUCCAACUGAGUCUGCAUUUGGAGACCUAUCAAGUUUACCAGGGGUGGGCGAGGAAAACUAGACUCUGGAUGGAAGCUAGUGUAAACCUGACCUCGUGAGUGUCUGGAUCAGGAGGCAUGGCACUCUGGCGGGCAUACCAGAGAGCCCUGGCUGCACAUCCGUGGAAGGUCCAGGUUCUGACAGCUGGGUCUCUGAUGGGCCUAGGUGACAUUAUCUCACAGCAGCUGGUGGAGAGGCGGGGUCUCCAGGAACACCAGACAGGCCGGACUCUGACCAUGGUAUCCAUGGGCUGUGGCUUUGUGGGCCCUGUCGUCGGAGGCUGGUAUAAGGUUUUAGACCGUCUUAUCCCCGGCACCACCAAGGUGGAUGCACUGAAGAAGAUGUUGUUAGAUCAGGGGGCCUUUGCCCCGUGUUUUCUAGGCUGUUUCCUCCCCCUGGUAGGAGUACUCAAUGGAAUGUCAGCCCGGGACAACUGGGCCAAACUACAGCGGGACUACCCUGAUGCCCUCAUCACUAACUACUAUCUCUGGCCUGCUGUGCAGCUAGCCAACUUCUACCUGGUCCCCCUGCAUUACAGAUUGGCUGUCGUCCAGUGUGUUGCUGUUGUCUGGAACUCUUACCUAUCCUGGAAGGCGCAUCAGCUCUAAGCCUGCCUGCUUCCGUGGCUUACACCUUGCACUGAUGCAUCUUCACCCUGGAAUGCUUGGACAUGGUCCUCACAGCGAGCACAUCAGGACUGGCGGGUGGCUCAGCUGCUAACUAAGAGCACGGACUGGUCUACACAGGGUCCAAGUUUGGUUCCCAACAGCCACAUCGGGUGGCUCACAACCACCUCAAGCUCCAGGAGAUCCUUGUCUUCUUCUGGCCUCUCUCUCGGGCACCUGCACUCACACGCACACACAUGAAUGGACACUUACUCAUAAUAAAGCAUAAAAUAAAGUCUUUCUUAAAAAGA